AUGGAGCUCCGACCUCCAGUGCCUAUCGACAUCACUUCCGCAAGCACGGGGAACGCAGCAGCUGCUGAGGCAGGACAGACCACCAGCCCCAACCAGCUCCCAUACCUGAUAACGCGCACGUCGCCAGGUGCGCAGCUGCCCGUGUACGAGCACGCUAAGGGAGGCGGAACAAAGCACAUUACAGUUCUUCGGAAACUGUCUGGCGACCUGGAAGCGUUGCAACAACACCUUCGAGACGCGCUGGGCCUGGCGGAUGGUUUUGUGGACGCCAAAGGCCGGAGGAAGGAGUAUAUCAGCAUCAAUUGGACAACGCGGCAAUUAGUAGUACGAGGCUGGCGCGGCGCAGAGGUCCGGCGGUGGUGCGAGCUUACUGGUUUUUGA